AUGGCGGCACAAGGCAAGGAGAAACAGCGCAAGCACGUACCGCACGUGAUACACAAAGACUCUGAUGACAUGUCACCCCAAAUCAAGUCCCUGGUGAUCAUUUCCCUGUGCUCGCUUUUACAACCGGCACAUGCUGCGAUAUAUGUGAGAAAUCCAUCGUACGUUGACGAGGCUGCAGGAUUCCUGGCUCUUACUGUUAGCAACGAGGACCUACCCCCAGCCGGCGUGUGGACCUUCUCGUACGCAACAACUGAUGGCACGGCUAAAGCUGGGAUGGAUUACACAGGGGCGUCCAGUGUAGAUCAGGAGGUAACCUCAAAUAGAACAAGCUUCGACAUUGUUCUCAGGAUCAUAGAUGACAAUGUUGGAGAAGAUAGUGAGGAGUUCCUGUUGAUGCUCACAGACUUCUCACAGGGAGAUCCAGACAUCAACGUAACUGUCAUCAUCCUCGACAAUGAACAUCCCAUAAACUCUCAUUGUGGACGACUUGGUCAGUAUUGUCUGAAUGGUGGUUCAUGUCUUGAAGAAGACGGCAUCUGCUGGUGUUCUCGCUCUUUUAUAGGACCAAACUGUGCCACACACAAAGAUGACAUACAAGGAGGACCUGGCUGUGACAGCCUCCACUGUGUCCAUGGGACGUGUGUGUCUAACAGGACACUGGCCAGCUGUGCAUGUGGCAGGAACUAUACAGGGGAUCUCUGCGACAAGGCAAUAUACUUCAGUCAGUGUAACCCCAACAACAUCAGCAUCUGUAUCACCCCUCCUCAAAGCAUUAACGUCGUCGACGACAUCUACGUCAAGGAUCACAGAAACACACCCGACUGUAAGCUUGCCAUCGCCCCCACCCCACCUGAUCCUAGUGACGGUAUCGUUGACUGGUGUGAGGGUUAUGCAGGCGUGUUCCGGUACAGCACUUCCUGUGGUGAGGUCGAAUCCAUAACGGAGGACGGUCUAACCACCAGAGUUCUGAGGAUGAAGAUGAUCAUCAAUAGAAGCGUAUUUCUAUCUGAUGUGGAGGAGACCGUCACCUUCAGUUGCCCAUACAUAUAUGGAAUGGAGGUUGAGGAUCUGUAAUGACGUCAGCCGGAUUCGGAGAUGAAGGAUGCAGUACUCAGGUCACGAGCAAACACAGGAUGAAGCUGUGUAAGCCUUUCAUGUUUUCUUCCAAAUAAUUAAUACUGAACAAAGUUUAUCAAACGUCACCCCUCUGUAUUUUAAUGUCAGUGUUGAUGCUGGUUGUGUGCACCGUCGGUGUCAUAUGUUGAAGGAAUUGUGUUAGGCUUUUCACAGAAAGUUCUACUUUGUUAUUUUAAUGUGGUUUUAAGGUUAUCGAUUUGCAUUUAUGUCAAAUAUAUGUAUAUUACUAGCUAUAUUCCCAGAAACCGAUCAUGCUAACUGCUGAAGGGAAAAACGUGUUUAUUAAUAAGAUAGAUAUAUGAA